CUUGCGUAGAGCUAUGUUGACUUGACCAACUGCUGCACAUCCUAAUAGGAUGAUGCCUUUUGAUUGUUCCAUGGAAUGCAUGGUGGUCCUUAAGUCAAGAUUCUGUGAGCUUCUCCAUAACCUUACUCCUUUGUGUUGAUCUAUGGCGGCUUGCUCUACGUCUCCGACGACGGUAGCAGCCGUCUGUCGUGCGUUGCAUGCCCUGCAACGAACAUCCCAGGUUCUCUACAGCGGCAGCAGCUCCUUAUAUCAUGCUUGUCAGCUUUCGCCUUCAGGGCUCCAGCUACAUGCAGCUUUUCAGCAGCCCUGCCACGCACUAUGCUCUGCACAGGCGCGGCGCUUUAGCUUCGGAGCAGCGACCCAAGCUAGCUGGCCCCAGCGCCACUCUCUGCGGCACUUCGCAUCCCCAGCAUCUCCCCAAUUAGAUGCAGCAGCCUCAUCCGCAUCCGCAGCCGUUUCCUCCUUACCCAACUCCCCCACCGGCAGCAGUCAGACCGGGGUCAAGCCAACACCGGCAGGGCAUACGGCGUACGACAACCUUCAACUCCCAGCCGUAAGGCAUUACAGAGAAUUUACGUUGAUACUGCAUGCGCUGCCACCGUUGCGGGCGCCUCGGUCGCCGGCGGAACAGCGAUGCCUGCAAGCGGCGCUGGGAGUGGUACGCAGGCUGCGCGAGCACGGCUACACCGCCAUGUUCGCGGGCGGGUGGGUGCGCGACCAGUUCCUGGGCCGCCCCUCGCCCGACAUUGACCUGGUCAGCAACGCGACCUACGUGCAGGUGUUCGAGGUGUUUGGUCCGCGGCACUGCCGGCUCAAGGGCGGCACCACAUGCGAUGUGACAUGGGAUGGACACACGUUCGAGGUGACCAGCUACCGAGGUGGGCUAAGUGCGGACUGCGAGGAGGCGGAGUGGCGGGAUGCGGCCUGCCGCGACUUCACCCUCAACGCGCUCUUCUUCGACCCCCACCUGCCGCCCGCUGCUUCCAACAUGCCGCCUGCUGCCGCCCCCACGACAACAACAACACCGGGACAUGCAGCCACCGCCACCACCACUAGCAGCAACAGCAGCAGUAGUAGCAAUAGCAGCACCGCCACGACUAAUGCCAAUGGCAGCACUGAUUGCUCUACAACAGCAACUGAAAGCAGCACAACAACAACAGCAGCAGCAGCACCCGAAGUUGCAGCCUCUGCUGGUCUCUCCGCCGCUUCCCCUCCUCCCCCUCCCCCUCCCGCUGCUCCCCCCUCGCUGGCGCCCCCACCCCACCUGCAGCCCCCGGGUGUGGUCAAGGACUAUGUGGGCGGGGUGGAGGACCUGCGGGCGGGGCUGCUGCGGGUGUUCCCGCACCACGAGCGGCUGGGCAUGACGGCGUCGAGUGUGGAGGUGGACCCCAUCCGGGUGCUCCGCGCCGCCCGGCUGGCAGUGCAGUUCGGGUUGCGGGUGGAGCCGCACACGGAGGGGCGGGUACGGCGGGCGGCACGC